GUGAAGCUCUCACGUGUGCUUCGAUUAAAACUGAUUAUUUAUUAGGCUGAAAAGCGAAGAUUCUGAUUACACUGCUGCGAUCUUCUGUCAGUGAAUCGCUUGUUCUUUCACAGACCACAAUGAAUUCCUUCUACUUCUUUAUUGUCGUCUCCUGCUGCCUGGUUGGCGCCUUUGCCGCCAGUGACUGCGAGGAACACAGACAGAGGGAGCUCAACUCCAAGAUCAAGACGAAGCUCAUCCCAGAGUGUGAAGACAACGGCGAUUACAAGGCCCUCCAGUGCUUCGAAGGUUCCAAGUUCUGUAUGUGCUGGAGACCAGACGGAUCGCACAUCACUGAUCCAUCCGUCGCCAUCAAGACUUGCAAAUGUCACGUUCACAGAGACAACGAAAUCACCAAAUCCCAGAAAGGACUGGUGGGCAACUUCAUUCCCGAGUGCAACAACAGCGGCACCUACGCCAAGAAGCAGUGCCACGCAUCCACCGGAUACUGCUGGUGCUCGGACGAGGACGGAAACAAGAUCGGUCAGGAAGUGAGAGGCCAACUCAACUGCUGAACUGAUCCAGCCAAGAAAAUAGUCGUUUUUUAAAUACUGUGCCCACUUCCUUCUUUCUACUCUAUCAUCAUGUACGAAACAUAAAUAAAAAAAUGACGUAACUUAUAGUUACAUUACUUGAA